AGCAAGCAGUACUCCUCUCCUUUUCUUUUUUUUUUUUUUUUUUUUUUUUUUUUUGAGGGGAAGCAGUACUCCUCCUCCUAAUAAUAGCUACUCCGUACUCCUAAAAAAGGGUAGUAAAUGAAAGGGCAAGCUCCAUCUUUAUUCCAGACUGUCCAAGAACAGUGAGUCACAGAGACACACAUCACACUUUCUCUCUCUCUCAAUCACUCUCUCCCCCCGUCCAUUGGCAGUUGUCAUCAACAUCAAUCAAGAAAUUCAAGAUACUUCCAGGCAACUGUAACUAAGCUGCACCGUCGUAUUCCUAUCUCCUCUCCUAAUCCCUAAUCUUUCUGUAAUUCUUGCCAAUUUGAAUUUUUUUUCUGGAAAAACAAACGCUAGAUCUGGAAACAAUCUAAAUCGAUUUUAGAUUCGCUAGCGAAUGAAGUAGGAAAGUUAAUAUUGUUUGAUUUGUGAAUUGAAAUUUUCCGAUGAGGAUGCGGAAACCCUUUCUGUGUUUGCUUUUUGUGACGGUGAUAUCCCCCAUUCUUCUUUACACCGACAAGCUUGGCAGCUUUGUGCCUUCAUCCCCUCGGGAUGAACUUGCCGCAACCGAAGAUAUCUCCACCUUCUCUCAGGCUUUCACUGGUCGUACCGACCAACUUAAUGUGCUUCCUCAGGAAACUGUAAUGUUUGUCAAGGAACCUGUUGGAAUUGUUUAUGAUUCUGCUAAACUCAAACCCCCAAAUCAAGAUGGCAAGGUGGUUCCGGAAGUGCAAUCUGUGCAUAAAACCCGAGUUUUAUCAACAACUACAAGUAAUAAUAGCAAUGAUACUACUCAACCUGAAAACACCAUCAGACAAGUUACAGAAGCUGAGGACAACAAUCCCUCGCUCUCUCUUCAGACUUCCAACAAUAUUCAGAUAAAAUCUAAGCUUCAACCUGAUGAAAGUGGUGGUAAUCUUAGCAAGAAAGAUACUGUUAGACGGGGGCAUAGAAGUGACAAGAUUAUUAACCAAGCGAGCAGUGUGCCAAAUACUCAGAUUCGCUAUCUGAAAGAUCAGCUAAUCAGGGCAAAGGUUUAUCUUUCCCUCGGUGCUACGAGAAACAAUGCUCACUUCAUCAGGGAACUCCGCCAAAGGAUAAAGGAAGUACAAAGGGCACUUGGAGAUGCAACAAAGGAUUCUGAACUUCCGAGGAAUGUUCAUGAAAAAUCGAGAGCGAUGGAUCAGACAUUGGACAAGGGAAAACUAAUUCAAGAUGAUUGUGCAGCUACGGUGAAGAAGCUCCGUGCUAUCCUUCACUCAACAGAAGAGCAGCUCCGUGUUCACAGAAAGCAGACCAUGUUUUUAACUCAAUUAACUGCAAAGACACUUCCUAAGGGUCUUCACUGUCUUCCUUUGCGCCUUUCAACCGAAUUCUAUGCCCUGAAUCAUUCUCAGCAACAGUUUCCUUACCAAGAGAAAUUGGAUGACCCUCGGCUAUAUCAUUAUGCGUUAUUUUCGGACAAUGUGUUGGCGUCUGCAGUGGUUGUAAAUUCUACUAUUUCCCAUGCCAAGGAUCCAUCAAGACACGUCUUCCACAUUGUCACUGAUAGACUCAAUUAUGCAGCAAUGAGGAUGUGGUUCUUAGUAAAUCCGCCAAGUAAAGCUACCAUUAAUGUUCAAAAUGUUGAAGAAUUUACUUGGUUGAAUGCAAGUUACAGUCCAGUUCUCAAGCAACUGGGAUCUCCAUCUAUGAUAGACUACUACUUCAAGAGUCACCGUGCUACAUCAGAUUCAAAUUUGAAAUUCCGUAACCCGAAGUAUCUGUCUAUACUCAACCACCUUCGAUUUUACCUGCCAGAGAUAUUCCCAAAGCUGAAAAAGGUUCUGUUCCUAGAUGAUGACCUAGUGGUUCAUAAGGACCUUACCAGACUUUGGUCCAUUGAUCUGAAGGGGAAUGUGAAUGGUGCUGUUGAGACCUGUGGGGAGACCUUCCAUCGUUUUGACCGAUAUCUAAAUUUUUCAAACCCUCUCAUCUCAAAAAAUUUUGACCCACAUGCUUGUGGGUGGGCAUAUGGAAUGAACAUCUUUGAUUUAGAAGAGUGGAAGAGACAAAAUAUCACUGAGGUGUACCACACUUGGCAAAAGCUGAAUCAUGACAGACAGUUGUGGAAGCUAGGAACUUUGCCUCCGGGUCUUAUUACAUUUUGGAAACGAACGUACCCUCUAGACCGAUUAUGGCAUGUGCUUGGUCUAGGUUAUAAUCCUAGUGUCAACCCAAGGGACAUUGAAAAAGCCGCUGUUCUACAUUACAAUGGAAACAUGAAACCAUGGCUUGAGAUUGGGAUGCCUAAGUACCGAGGUUACUGGUCAAAAUACGUUGAUUAUGACCAAGUAUAUUUGCGGGAGUGCAACAUUAAUCCUUCUUAACUGGCUUUUCCCUCCUUUGGUAUUUCCAGCACACAUCUUAAUCUCUCGUAGGUAACGGUUUUGUUGCUAGUCGCCAGGAUUUAUUUUCAGAAAUUAUGUUCUUUCAUAAUACCAGUCAGUGUAGGAGUAGUACGUACUACCUAGUAUAUCUCAAACGCACAAUCCAUGGUAAAUACAUUCUUUUGUAUCCUUUUGUGACCAGACUGCCCAUGUAUUUGUAAAUGAUUUUGAAGUUUAUUUUUGAAGGCUAUUCUUUUUUUUUUUUUUUGUAUAAUGUUCAAGGCGCUUUUGCUUAAAUGCAAGGGUUGAAUGUACUUUAUGUUUGUAUUUCUCCUACGUAGAUUUUGUUAUUUUUUACACGUAGUAGUUUACUCCCUACUUUUGUUACCGGUGUGUUUGAAUGAUAUGGAGUACGCAUUUUGAGCUCCGAUUUUUAAGUGUCAUAGGCAUAUCCAUUUGAAUAAAAUUAGUUACUGGUUCA